UAUAUAUGGAAAGAUUUACGAAGUAAUGCAAUGUAACAUGAUGCGAUUGUCGUCAUGUUGGGUGAAUAAUAAUAUUAGAAUCAAUAACACUAACGGUACUUCCAUUCGCCGCCGAUUACGAGCCUCUCUCUCCGUCACCACCGGCGAGUCAACCAUGGCCACUAAUUCAGUCCGAGUUGCCGCAGCUCAAAUGACAUCCAUCACCGACCUCGCUUCCAAUUUCUCCACCUGCUCUCGUCUUGUGAAAGAAGCUGCAUCAGCUGGAGCAAAAUUGCUUUGUUUUCCUGAAGCAUUCUCUUUUGUGGGUGCUAAGGAUGGUGAUAGUGUUAGUAUUGCUCAACCUUUGGAUGGACCUAUUAUGGACCAAUACUGCUCUUUAGCCAGAGAGUCAAGUAUUUGGUUGUCACUUGGUGGCUUUCAAGAAAAAGGAUCUGAUCCUCGACAUUUGUUUAAUACACAUGUUGUUGUAGAUGACACUGGGAAAAUUCAAACCACUUAUAGAAAAAUACACCUGUUUGAUGUGGAUGUUCCUGGUGGAAGGGUAUAUAAAGAAAGUAAUUUUACAGAAUCAGGCAAGGAUAUUGUUGCAGUAGACAGUCCUAUUGGGCGUUUGGGCCUUAGUGUUUGCUAUGAUUUGAGAUUUCCUGAGCUUUAUCAGUUGUUGCGUUUCCAACAUGGAGCACAGAUACUAUUGGUGCCUGCAGCAUUCACUAAAGUGACUGGUGAAGCACACUGGGAGAUUCUUCUUCGUGCUCGUGCAAUCGAGAAUCAAUGCUAUGUCAUAGCUGCUGCGCAAGCUGGCACACACAAUGACAAAAGAGAAAGUUAUGGUGACACAUUGAUUAUCGAUCCAUGGGGGACCGUUGUUGGUCGCUUACCAGAUCGUUUGUCCACGGGAAUUGUGGUAGCUGAUAUUGAUUUAUCAUUAGUUGAUUCAGUAAGAGAGAAGAUGCCUAUUGCUAAGCAAAGGAAGCCAUUUGACUUCUGGAAAGCUGCUUCUCUAUAGUCACAAAGGGGUAGUCUAUUUCAAUAUGAGAUGUGUAUGUACCAAAAUAAAAAAUAUGGGACUCCCUUAUUUGAUUAUCCUGAGGAUGGUGUAUACAAUGUUGGCUGUGUAUUUUUAUAAACUGUAAUGUUUAAGAUUAUUGCAGUUCUUGAAAACAUGUAUUGUCUUUUAUCUUCAAG